AAAGAGGAAAUACGUCAUAUGGUUCGCCUCUUUUUCGUCUUUAAAUAAUUUUUAAAAUAAUGCUAUAUCUAUCGAAUGGGACGUGAUCGCUUACUGAUAUUCAUGAAGAUUUCUUUGUUUCGAAGAUAUUUAUAUUAAUUAGUAUUCAUAACGGACAAAAUUAUUAAUUUUAUAUAAUGUUACGUCACGUUUUCAUUCGAACGGUCGGCCAUUAGUAUUACGUCAUUGGCGGUUAGGAACACGUGAAAGGCGAAUCGAAGUCGUGCAGUUUGCAGCCCAUCCAAAGAAUAAUUUUUACUCAAACAAGUUUUUGGUCCAAGAAACUUAUUUAUAAACAAUCAUGGCCGGGUUAGGAAGACGACUUAUCCCUCUUUUGGAUCGCAUCCUAGUCGAAAGAUUUAUACCGGAAUCUAGGACCAAAGGAGGGAUUAUGAUUCCGGAGAAAGCACAGGCUAAGGUACAAAGUGCGACUGUAGUAGCUGUUGGACCAGGAGCCAGAACAGAGAGAGGAGAUUUAGUUCCACCCAGUGUCAAAGAAGGUGAUAGGGUUCUUUUACCUGAAUAUGGAGGCACCAAAAUUGAAAUAGAUGAUAAGGAAUAUUACAUCUUCAGAGACAGUGACAUUCUAGGUAAAUGGACAAAUUAAAGAGUUGAAGGAUAGUGUGAGAAGACUCAUCAUGAAAAUGG